UCACCCAUUACCCCGCUUCUCUCUCGAUUUCCUCUCCCUCCUUCCUCCGCCGCUUAACCUCCGGCCAUCUCCGGUUCUCCGCCUUUUACUUGUCGAUCUACUCUCUCACUCGAUCUUGAUUUCUUCCACCACUCCAUCUCGGCUCCUCCCUCAACUUCCGUCCUCUUAACCUCCGGCCAUCUCCGGUUAUCCGCCUACUACUUGUCGAUCUACUCUCUCGCUCGACCUCGAUUUCCUUUGCCACUCCCUUACGGCUCCUCGACUUCCGUCCGCUGGACGCUGACUCUGGUCUUCUCGUCACCUCUCCCCUCCGACUGCUGCGUUGCUGCGCCUCUGACAUCUAUUCUGGGCAUUUACCUCAUGUCCUCAACAUCGACGACAAGUUAGAAGUGUUGCAUAGUCCUGAUCUUCUGUAAAAACAUUGGGGAAGGAAGAUAAAUAAUAAAUACCCAAACAAGAUGGCAAAGAAAGUGUUAGAUAAGAAAUCUGGAAAAGAAAGAGAAGGGACCAAAAAUCUUCUGCUUAAGCCAAAAAAGAAGAAUCUUAAGUUAAAAGAUCGAAAAGAAGCCAAAGGUGUUGAGGGAACUUUGCUUAAGCUUAAAAGGAAAAAGCUUAAGUUAAAAGAAGAACCAAGUCAACUAAGUUUCACUAAUCCAAAUGUUGGAGCUUCUACUGAGGUUGGAAGUAGUUUGAGCAUUGUGGAAGAUGUUGAAAAGCCUUUGCUUAAGCUGAGAAGAAGGAAACUUAAGCUAAAGAAAGAAUCUGUUAUUCCAAAUGUCGAAGGUGCUUCUCCUGAAGUUGAUAUUUUAAAAGUCGCUCAGGCAUCAGGAAAUGACUCUCCAGAGUUUGAAGGAGGAAACAGGGCUGUUCGCUCUGCCGGUGACGAGGAAGUGUAUUUUGUUAAAAGAGUCAAAACUAAAAAGGUAAAGAAGUCCAAAAGGAGCAAAAAGGAUGUUGAUUUUCUUGUAUCAAAGAGCAAUAGUAAACUGGAAGCCGAAAAGGUUCACCAGAGAUCCUUGGUGGAUGAAGAUUGUUCUAGUGGAAUGAAAAAGAAGGUUAAGAAGGAUGAAAAGAGGAAAAAGGAGAAUGCUCUUCAUGUAUCAAAGAACAAUAGUAAACUGGGAAUUCUCAGUACGGUAGAUGCUGAAAAAGUUGACGAGAGAUCCAUGGUGGAUGAAGAUUGUUCUAGUGGAAUAAAAGAGAAAGUAAAGAAGAAUGAAAAGAGUAAAAAGGUGAUUGAUCUUCAUAUAUCAAAGAACAACAGUGAACUUGGAAUUCUCAAUACAGUGGAUGCGAUAAAGGUUGAUGAGAUAUCCUUGGUCGAUGAAGAUUCUUCUUGCGGAAUGAGAAAGUGGAUUAAUGACUACAAGCAGAACAGACCGGGCUUGAAAAUACUGCAAGAAAGAAUUGAUGAGUUCAUAAUUGCUCAUGAAGCACAACUAGAGAAGGAAAAGAAAGAAAGAGAAGCACAGGCUGCAGAAGGAGGAUGGACAGUCGUGGUCCACCACAAAGGCAGGAAGAAAACAACUGAUCCAGAAAGUGGAAUAGCUGUGGGUUCGGUUGCUCAAGCUGCAGUGCUGGAUAAUAUGGCUAAAAAGAAAACCAAAGUUGCGGAAGAUUUUUACAGAUUCCAAAAACGGGAAGCGCGGAGAAGUGAGAUCAUGAUGUUGCAGAGCAAAUUCGAGCAAGAUAAGAAACGUAUCAAACAACUGAGAGAUGCAAGGAAGUUUAAGCCUUAUUGAAACCGGUUACAAUUUCUGUUGAAAAAAAAACGGAGUAGGAAUUUUUUCUUGAAUGGAACUCCAAUGCAGCCUAAUUAAUGUGGCAUCGGCUUUGGAUAAUGUAUUUGUUUUUGGGUAGACUAAUUAUGGUUUAUCUUUAUCUAAUGUGUAAGCAAUAUGUGACUACUAAAAAUAUCAGUUAAUAUUUUUUUUCAUAUAUUUAUAAAAAUUAAUUAGAUUUUAUUGUCA